CGCCCUCUGGAGCAAGCCGCUCCCGAUAUGCUCCCCCCCCCCCCGCCUCAAUUGCCGGGUCGUCCCCGGCCCAUGUGCCGCUCGAGAACCCCACGGACUAGAGGUGUACAGGGCAGGCAUGAACAGGAUCCUCGUCGUAGCAGUAGUUUCAGUAUAACGUGA